AUGAAGGCUUUCCCUCCUGGUUAUUCGUCUGUGUUGAUGGCUGUGGAGGACGUCGGGGAGAUCAACUCCACCGUGUUUCUCAGCGACAGCCUCGUCUCCGUCACCAGGUUCACUAUGGACAGCGCCGGCGUCACGGGAAUCGCUGAGGGUGCCUUCAGUUCUUUUCAGAACCUCACAAGUCUCAGUUUGAACCAGAACCUGCUGACCAACAUCGAUCCAAGCUGGUUCGGCCGUCCUGAAACCCUCAGAGAGCUCAACCUCAGAGAAAACCUGAUUGAAGGUGUGAAUGGGUCCAUGCUGAACCGGCUCCAUCAGCUCACCAGGCUCCGUCUGAGCAAGAACAGGAUCAGAACCAUUGAUCCAAAUAGUUUCAGCUCCAGCACCAACCUGGUGGAGUUGGACUUGUCUGAGAACAUGAUGACUCGGCUCCCUCCUCAGGUCUUCAGGUCUCUCAGAUCCACCAGGAUCGGGUUAAACGGGAACCCCUGGGACUGUUCCUGUGGAGCUGAAGACUUUGUCGACUUCCUGAAAGAUCUCCAGAGCAGAUCUCUGCUCGACAAACCGAUGGAGGUGACCUGUGACACUCCUCCGUCUCUGAGGGGUCGACCUGCCUGGAAUGUGUCGGUGUGUGUGACGUCGCCUCCUCCGACACGGCCACCAGGGACGCAAACAAACCGCCCCAAACCCCCCGUGAACCUCACAGCCGCCCCCACAGCCACAACUGCAACAUCUGUGACAUCAUCACCUCCAUCAGUGACGGAGAUCUCCGUCCAUCCUAAACCCUCUGACCUGCACACAGCGACCACCUCUCCCUCUGAAACUCGAGUGACAUCACGACCACCGCCAGGUACAAACACUGUCUGCACACUCGUCGUUGUGAUCGGUACGUUUACUUUUUGA